AUGCCUUUGAAACAGAGCUCAAGAAAAGGCAAGCCCAUAGCGAGGCGAGCUUGCGACCUAUGCCGUAGCCGCAAGCUGCAGUGUAUCUUCGAACACACAAGUCCAGGGCUGCCUCUGUCAUGCACACGUUGUGCACAGGUCGAGAUGCCCUGCACCUUUCUGACUACCCGUAAGCCUCGAGGCCCACCUAACCGCCGAGUGGCGGAAGCAAGAGCCCAAAGUCACACUGCUGAUUGCAGCGGUUUAAGUGAUGGAGAGGUCCCCGUGAAUUGCUCUCCGGAAAGUCGGGCAUCGACACUUAUUGUACCCCUGACGAUCGAGCAUCUCUGCUCUGAGGAGUUGUUUGAAAUGUUGAUCUCAGACUAUCUCGAUUACCUUUAUCCUCUCUAUCCCAUUGUACAUCGACCGAGGUUUCGGGCAGAUUUCCAAAACAAACGCUACCAGUCAGACCCAAGCUUCUACCGACUGUGCAUUUCCCUGUCCGCCCUCACUGUCUCCUCUUCACCACACGAUUUCCGACAUUACGGGUUUCAACCUGAGGAGACAGCUAUCAGCAUAUUAGAAAAGGCCCAUCGUUUGGUUGUCCUUAGAAAGAUGUCGCAGAAUCCAGCAAUCGGUAUAUUUCCCGGCGUGCAAGAUAUGCUAUGCUCAUACAUACUGAGCGUGGCUUUUCAUUGUUCAGGUCGUAUAUACCAUGGAUGGGUGCACGCCUCUGCGGCGGUCUUGUGCAUGAGGAAACUAAGCUUCUUGAGGCAAGCACUGAAUAAUGAUCUGGACCCGAUAGACCUAGAAAUAUGCGAGCGAGCAUUUUGGUUAAUAUUUAUCAUGAUGGCCCACGACAGACUAGCGUAUCCCGUAUCCCACACCGGCAUCAGUUACAAUCCAGUCUGCAUUGAUUGGGAUUUCCUUGUGUUACAGGAGGUCGAUGAUGUGAAUCCCGGGGACAUAGAACGAAGCGAAGAGCCCAGAGACACGCCGCUGAUAGCUGGGUUCAUCGCCUCGGUGAAACUAUACCUCUGCGCAGCUGCACUGGGCCUAGAUAAGCUACCUGGGAACCCGCGAUAUGGCCCUUUCUCGGCCUCUUCUUCAUCAGAAACUUUAAAGAGCCCUGACGCCCAAGGACUCUCUCUUGAACAAGGCCUCGAUAUCGUACGCGCCGUGCGAGAUGUGAUCCAGCAGCUACCGGAGGAGUUUAGAAUGUUCAACCUAGAUGGAAACCCCAACAAAGGUCUCUUAUCAUUUGUCAUCUUGAGGACGAAUGUACAUAUGACGAGCCUUUUUAUUCAAAGUAUUAUCCUUGCGACACUAUCCGGCAGUAACCCAUCCUUUCAACAGGACAACCGAAACCCGAGUUCCACAGGAUCUGAGCACGGUCUCCUCUUGGAAGAAAGCCAGAAUGCUAACCAUCAACUGUUUAAGCUUCGCAAGGAUAUCGCCCAGGAAUGUUGUGAUAUUAUUAUCAUCACACCCGUCUCUGCUCUAAAAGCAAACGGCAUCGCAGCUGUAGGUUUCCCCUGGAAGGUGCAGCAGAUUUGA